GUUUUAAUAUACGUCAUCAGCACGCGACGUAGCGUGCAGGACUGUGAAGGACGCUGAGAAUCCGGGGAUGAAAUAAGUUAAAUUUAAAGCAGGAAGUUGCUGUGAUGGCGGUGUCGUGUCUAACUCGAGCUCUUCGCUCCCUGACCCUCUCCCAGCCUGCUCUGGUCUCCUCGCAGCAGUUUGUUGCAAAGACCGAGCUGGGAGCUCAGCUGGUGCCCAGUAUGAUCGGACAGUUCAGGGGCUUCCUCACCACGGCCUCCCUGGAUCAGAACAGGACAUACUGGAAGAAGAUGGAGAAGUACACCAUCAAACCCAUGGGAAUGAAAAAGACCGGUGGUAGAGAUCACACAGGAACAAUACGUACACGAGGCAUCGGCGGUGGCCAUAAGCAAAGAUACCGGUGGAUAGACUUCCAACGACUGAACUAUGAACCCAGCAAGGAGGGGAAGCCGUUUGAAGAGAAGGUUGUUGAAGUUCGAUACGACCCCUGCAGGUCUGCAGACAUCGCCCUCGUGGCUGGAGGUAACCGGAAAAGAUGGAUCAUAGCGACAGAAAACAUGAAGGUCGGAGACGUCAUUAAAACAUCUGCAGUUAUUGGACGCAUGGCAGUGGCAGCCAGAGAGGGCGACGCCUACCCGCUGGGAGCUCUUCCCGUGGGGACGCUGGUGAACAACCUGGAGAUACAGCCGGGGAAGGGGUCCGAGUACAUUCGUGCAGCAGGCACAAGUGGUGUUUUACUGCGUAAAGUGAACGGAACCGCGAUCGUCCAGCUUCCUUCGAAGCAGCAGGUUCAGGUGCUGGAAACCUGCAUGGUGACGGUGGGACGCGUUUCCAACAUCGACCACAACAAACAGAUCAUCGGGAAGGCCGGGCGCAACCGCUGGUUCGGCGUCCGACCUUCCAGCGGCUUGUGGAAGAGGAAGGGAGGCUGGGCCGGACGCAAGAUUAAACCGCUGCCUAAAAUGAAGAGUUACGUCAACCUGCCCUCAAUCUCCGCUAACUAACUCAGCAUGAGUCGGGACAUUGUCUUUUCCUUCGUAAUCUCCUUGGAAUAUUACGGUGAUGGAGUCCAGGCGGAUAAAAUAUGAAUAAAGACCAGCUGUUUGUACAGAAGAUUAAAAAUUUUAUUAAACACAA